CGUCACAGUGAACUGGGGGCUCCGGACUUGGGGUAUCCCCCUCCACCCCUCUCUGAUAGCCUGGGGUGAGUCACUGCCCGUGCCAGCCUCAGUGACCCUUCUGCAUCAGUCCUGCUGAGGGCACAGGAGCCGAGCUUCGCAGCCCUCGGUGGACGCUGCGUGGUCUGACCCUCGGCUCAAGGCCUCUUGGUGAGGGACCGGGGGCCACCCCCUCCGGGCCGGAGGGCGGAGGUCGUUUCAAGCAUGGCGCCCACACAGGGCCCCGGUGUGGCAUCGGCGUUCGGUCCCCUGGGCCUCCUCGUGGUGCUACUUGUUGGCGGCUGUGUGGCAGAAGAGUCGCCCCGGUUCAUCAAGGAGCCCAAGGACCAGAUUGGUGUGUCUGGAGGUGUGGCCUCCUUUGUGUGCCAGGCCACGGGCGACCCCAAGCCUCGGGUGACCUGGAACAAGAAGGGCAAGAAGGUCAAUUCUCAGCGCUUUGAGACCAGACCGCAAGAGGACCAGCUGCCCCUGGGCUUCCCCAACAUCGACAUGGGGCCUCAGCUGAAGGUGGUGGAGCGCACACGGACGGCCACCAUGCUCUGUGCUGCCAGCGGCAACCCCGACCCCGAGAUUACCUGGUUCAAGGACUUCCUGCCUGUGGACCCCAGUGCCAGCAAUGGCCGCAUCAAGCAGCUGCGAUCAGAAACCUUUGAAAGCACUCCGAUCAGAGGGGCUCUGCAGAUCGAGAGCAGCGAGGAGACCGACCAGGGCAAGUACGAGUGCGUGGCCACCAACAGCGCUGGCGUGCGCUACUCCUCGCCCGCCAACCUCUACGUGCGAGAACUUCGAGAAGUGCGACGCGUGGCCCCCCGCUUCUCCAUCUUGCCCAUGAGCCACGAGAUCAUGCCGGGCGGUAACGUGAACAUCACCUGCGUGGCGGUGGGCUCGCCCAUGCCGUACGUCAAGUGGAUGCAGGGGGCGGAGGACCUGACGCCCGAGGAUGACAUGCCCGUGGGCCGAAACGUCCUGGAGCUCACGGACGUCAAGGACUCGGCCAACUACACGUGUGUGGCCAUGUCCAGCCUGGGCGUCAUCGAGGCUGUGGCCCAGAUCACGGUCAAGUCUCUCCCCAAAGCCCCCGGGACUCCUGUGGUGACAGAGAACACGGCCACCAGCAUCACCAUCACCUGGGACUCGGGCAACCCCGACCCUGUGUCCUACUACGUCAUCGAAUACAAGUCCAAGAGCCAGGACGGGCCGUACCAGAUCAAGGAGGACAUCACCACCACCCGCUACAGCAUCGGCGGCCUGAGCCCCAACUCUGAGUACGAGAUCUGGGUGUCGGCCGUCAACUCCAUUGGCCAGGGCCCGCCCAGCGAGUCGGUGGUGACGCGCACGGGCGAGCAGGCGCCGGCCAGCGCCCCCCGCAACGUGCAGGCACGGAUGCUGAGCGCCACCACCAUGAUCAUCCAGUGGGAGGAGCCCGUGGAGCCCAACGGCCUGAUCCGCGGCUACCGGGUCUACUACACCAUGGAGCCAGAGCACCCCGUGGGCAACUGGCAGAAGCACAACGUGGACGACAGCCUGCUGACCACCGUGGGCAGCCUGCUGGAGGACGAGACCUACACCGUGCGGGUGCUGGCCUUCACCUCUGUGGGCGACGGGCCCCUCUCGGACCCCAUCCAGGUCAAGACGCAGCAGGGAGGUGAGGCCCGCGGCGGGGUCACCCCGGGGUGGCGGUCUGUCUGUCUGUCUGCCUGCCCCCAGGUCGGGCGGACCUUUGACCCAGCGACUGCGUUCGUGGUAGAUGACCUGAAGCCCCACACGGAGUACAGCUUCCGCCUGGCGGCCCGCUCGCAGCAGGGCCUGGGCGCCUUCACCGCGGUGCUGCGGCAGCGCACGCUGCAGUCCAAACCGUCAGCCCCCCCUCAAGAUGUUAAAUGUGUCAGCACGCGCUCCACAGCGAUUCUGGUAAGUUGGAGGCCGCCGCCACCGGAAACGCACAACGGGGCCCUGGUGGGCUACAGCGUCCGCUACCGACCGCUGGGCUCAGAGGACCCGGAACCCAAGGAGGUGAACGGCAUCCCCCCGACCGCCACCCAGAUCCUGCUGGAGGCGCUGGAGAAGUGGACGGACUACCGCAUCACCACCGUCGCGCACACAGAGGUGGGACCAGGGCCCGAGAGCUCGCCCGUGGUCGUCCGCACCGACGAGGACGUGCCCAGCGCGCCGCCGCGGAAGGUGGAGGCGGAGGCGCUCAAUGCCACGGCCAUCCGCGUGCUGUGGCGCUCGCCCGCGCCCGGCCGGCAGCAUGGCCAGAUCCGCGGCUACCAAGUCCACUACGUGCGCAUGGAGGGCGCCGAGGCCCGCGGGCCGCCGCGCAUCAAGGACGUCAUGCUGGCCGACGCCCAGUGGGAGACGGAUGACACCGCGGAAUAUGAGAUGGUCAUCACAAACCUACAGCCUGAGACCGCCUACUCCAUCACGGUAGCCGCCUACACCAUGAAGGGCGAUGGAGCUCGAAGCAAACCCAAGGUGGUCCUGACCAAGGGAGCAGUGCUGGGCCGCCCCACCCUGUCGGUGCAGCAGACCCCUGAGGGCAGCCUGCUGGCACACUGGAAGCCGCCGGCCGGCACCGCCGAGGACCAGGUGCUGGGCUACCGCCUGCAGUUCGGCCGCGAGGACUCGACACCCCUGGCCACGCUGGACUUCCCGGCCUCCGAAGACCACUACACGGCGCCGGGCGUGCACAAGGGCGCCACGUACGUCUUCCGGCUGGCGGCCCGCAGCCGCGGAGGCCUGGGUGAAGAGGCGGCCCAGGUGCUGAGCAUCCCCGAGGACACGCCCUGCGGGCCCCCCCAGAUCCUGGAGGCGGCCGGCAACGCGUCGGCCGGCACCGUCCUGCUCCGCUGGCUGGCGCCCGUGCCCGCCGAGCGCAACGGGGCCAUCGUCAAGUACACGGUAGCCGUGCGGGAGGCCGGCGCGGCGGACUUCCCCCGAGAGACCGAGCUGCCCGCAGCGGCCGAGCCGGGCGCGGAGAACGCUCUCACGCUCUGGGGCCUCAAGCCCGACACGGCCUACGACCUCCAAGUGCGAGCCCACACACGCCGGGGCCCCGGCCCCUACAGCCCCCCUGUCCGCUACCGGACGUUCCUGCGGGACCAAGGUAGGCGCGCGGCGGCUGCCCGCACCAGAGCCGGACCGGGCCUCGCCCCCACCCCCACCCCAGCCCCCUCCCUCUCCCCCGCCCAGAUCCAGUACAACGGGCUCACGCUGGAUGUGGACGGACGGACCACCAAGAAGCUCAUCACACACCUCAAGCCCCACACCUUCUAUAACUUCGUCCUGACGAACCGCGGUAGCAGCCUGGGCGGCCUGCAGCAGACCGUCACCGCCUGGACUGCCUUCAACCUGCUCAGUGCCAAGCCCAGCGUGGCCCCCAAGCCCGACGCGGACGGCUUCAUCAUGGUGUACCUGCCCGAUGGCCAGAGCCCCGUGCCCAUCCAGAACUAUUUCAUUGUCAUGGUGCCACUGCGGAAGUUCCGUGGCGGCCAGUUCCUGAGCCCCCAGGGUAGCCCGGAGGAGAUGGACCUGGAGGAGCUCAUCCAAGACAUCUCGCGGCUUCAGCGGCGCAGCCUGCGGCACUCGCGCCAGCUGGAGGUGCCCCGGCCCUACAUUGCUGCCCGCUUCUCCAUGCUGCCUCACACCUUCAACCCCGGGGACCAGAAGCAGUAUGGCGGCUUCGACAACCGGGUUCUGGAGCCUGGCCAUCGCUACGUGCUCUUUGUGCUGGCGGUGCUGCCGAAGAGUGAGCCUACGUUCGCAGCCAGCCCCUUCUCAGACCCCUUCCAGCUAGACAACCCGGACCCUCAGCCCAUCGUGGAUGGCGAGGAGGGGCUCAUCUGGGUGAUCGGGCCGGUGCUGGCUGUGGUCUUCAUCGUCUGCAUUGUCAUCGCCAUCCUGCUCUACAAGAACAAACCUGACAGUAAGCGCAAAGACUCGGAGCCUCGCACCAAAUGCCUCCUGAACAAUGCAGACCUCGCCCCCCACCACCCCAAGGACCCCGUGGAGAUGAGGCGCAUUAACUUCCAGACCCCAGGCAUGCUCAGCCACCCGCCCAUCCCCAUCGCCGACAUGGCCGAGCACACGGAGCGCCUGAAGGCCAACGACAGCCUCAAACUCUCCCAGGAAUACGAGUCCAUUGACCCCGGGCAGCAGUUCACGUGGGAGCAUUCUAACCUGGAGGUGAACAAACCUAAGAACCGCUACGCCAACGUCAUCGCCUAUGACCACUCCAGGGUCAUCCUCCAGCCCAUCGAAGGCAUUGUGGGCAGUGACUACAUCAAUGCCAACUAUGUGGAUGGCUACCGGCGGCAAAAUGCGUAUAUCGCCACUCAGGGCCCGCUGCCUGAGACCUUCGGCGACUUCUGGCGCAUGGUGUGGGAGCAGCGCUCGGCCACCGUGGUCAUGAUGACUCGGCUCGAGGAGAAGUCCCGGAACGGCUCCAGUGAGAAGCGGGAGGUCCGCCAGUUCCAGUUCACCGCGUGGCCAGACCACGGGGUGCCCGAGUACCCCACUCCCUUCCUGGCCUUCCUGAGGAGAGUCAAGACCUGCAACCCGCCAGAUGCUGGCCCUGUCGUGGUGCACUGCAGUGCCGGCGUGGGCCGCACCGGCUGCUUCAUCGUCAUCGACGCCAUGCUGGAACGCAUCAAGCCCGAGAAGACGGUGGAUGUGUACGGCCACGUGACGCUCAUGCGCUCGCAGCGCAACUACAUGGUGCAGACGGAGGACCAGUACAGCUUCAUCCACGAGGCGCUGCUGGAGGCCGUGGGCUGCGGGAACACGGAGGUGCCGGCCCGCAGCCUCUACGCCUACAUCCAGAAGCUGGCCCAGGUGGAGCCCGGCGAGCACGUGACUGGCAUGGAGCUCGAAUUCAAGCGGCUGGCCAGCUCCAAGGCCCACACAUCCCGCUUCGUCAGCGCCAACUUGCCUUGUAACAAGUUCAAGAACCGCCUGGUGAACAUCAUGCCCUACGAGAGCACGCGCGUGUGCCUGCAGCCCAUCCGCGGCGUGGAAGGCUCCGACUACAUCAACGCCAGCUCCAUCGACGGCUACAGGUGCCUCGAAUGCAUGAUGUGCCAAGCAGGGUGGAACGCCCCUAUCCUGGCGUGGAGGGGCGUGUCCGCGGCUGGGACUCAGAGGGCCACGGGCCUAAUGGCAGCCACCGUCCCUCCACAGGAGAAGUGCCACCAAUACUGGCCGGCCGAGCGCUCGGCCCGCUACCAGUACUUUGUGGUCGACCCCAUGGCCGAAUACAACAUGCCUCAGUAUAUCCUCCGCGAGUUCAAAGUUACGGACGCCCGGGACGGCCAAUCCCGGACCGUCCGGCAGUUCCAGUUCACGGACUGGCCAGAGCAGGGCGUGCCAAAGUCGGGAGAGGGCUUCAUUGACUUCAUCGGCCAAGUGCACAAGACCAAGGAGCAGUUUGGCCAGGACGGCCCCAUCUCGGUCCACUGCAGCGCCGGCGUGGGCAGGACGGGGGUCUUCAUCACCCUCAGCAUCGUGCUGGAACGUAUGCGGUACGAGGGUGUGGUGGACAUCUUCCAGACAGUGAAGAUGCUGAGAACCCAGCGGCCGGCCAUGGUGCAGACAGAGCGCUGUCCCGGCCCCCUGGUGCCCUCAGACAAGACCAGCAAGCCCAACAUCAUCCCUGAAGGUGCUCUGGAGACCGUCCCUGUGCACCUGUCUGCCUGUCCGUCGGCCAGCCGGUCAGCCUGGGGGGACCGGCGGGAGCGGUGA